AUGGGGAAUGGUAUGAACAAGGUUGUUGAUGGCCUCUUUCUUGGCAACAUAAGAGAUUCAGAGGACAGGGAAAGUCUGGCAAAAAAUGGUAUCACACACAUUCUGUCGGUGCACAACAAUGCCAAGCCUGUGUAUGAGGAUAAGACCUACCUUUGUAUUCAAGCUGAUGAUGCCUCCAGUCAAAACUUAUUACAACAUUUUAAAGAUUCCAUCGGCUUCAUCCACGAGUGCCGCCUGAACGGAGGAGCAUGUUUGGUUCACUGUCUUGCUGGCGUGUCUCGUAGCACAACGAUGGUGGUGGCCUAUUUAAUGACUAUCACAAAGUACGACUGGGAGGAAUGCCUGUCUGCCAUUAAAGCCGUCCGCUCAUUUGUGGGCCCAAACUACGGCUUCCAGCAGCAGCUACAAGAAUAUCAAGUGACAUUAGUUUCAGAGUACCGAACCUGGCUAGAGUCCAGUUUCCGGCCCUGUCCUUUCAAAGACCAGGAGCAGGUGGCCGUGUUGCUGAGCCAGUACAAAGAGCACCAGGAAAGCCAGAGAAGAGGACUGGACAACCGCUGGUCCAGUCAGAGACGGGACGGCUGCGCUUUGCCCGAGGAUGAGGAUAAAGAUGUAGAUAAGAGCUGA